CCAAAGAAAAAUCCACAUCCCUACAAAACCGUUCCCAUUACAUUGAAUUCAACCACGGUUUUCUCACACAACACGCGUUCACCUUCUUCCUCUCUUUCGUUUCUCCUUCCUCAUACACUCUCUCUCUCUCUCUCUCUCUCUUGGUGUGUCCCUCCAUUUCCGUUUAUUCUAUAAACCUUGUCCUAAAUUCUCACCCACUUCAUAAUCUACUUUCAAUCUCUCCUUCGUUCGGUUCUUCGUUCACCAGCAGCAGAGGGUGAACGAACGAAGAAGAACAAGAACAAGAACAACCAUGCCGUUUCCAUGGAGUAAAAGCAGUGUGACCCGAAUUUCCCAACUCGUCGCUGAUCUCAAGUCGCCAAAACGCGCUGGCUCCCUCGUCGUUCACACCGGUUUUCCCACUUCCCUCAUCGAUCUUGUCGUCAAGAAUCGGAGACGGUUCAGAAAAUCCAAGUCCAAGAAACCGGGUCGACCCGACUUCUCGCCGCCGGUGGAACCGACCUUGAGCGGUUUCACUGCGAUUUGCGCCGACCCAGGAUGCGCAGAGGCUCCGUUGAGACCGGGUCAUCCCGACCCAUCUCAUCUUCCGCCGCCGCCAACGACGGUUCACGCCGUGCCGGUAGACGGUGGUGAUGGGGUUUCGUGUUCGGGUCCGGAGAGUGGUGGGUCGGGUUCAAAAUCGGUUCUUGCUGCUGUUUUGACUAUGCUCACGGUGGUUGUUUUGGUGGUGGGUGUGGAGAAGCUUGCAGUUGCGAUCACUGUUUCGGCGUUUGUGCUCUUGUUUCUUGAAAACGCGGGGAAGCGUGUCGUUUUGUUCCAGAGGCUUCAAUGGAAGAAAAACAAGGGUUGUGAAGGUUCUGAAUCAGCAAAUGCUGAAGGUGACAGUAUAGUUGUCUCUGAAUGUGGAUCAGAAUCUGAUGAGUUUUUGUCCUUUGAGGAAAUUGAGGUUGUGGAAUCUAAGAGUGAGGUUAGUGUUUGUUCUGAUGAGACUUGUUUUGCUGGUUCUGAAUUGGAUCAUUGUGUCAGUGAAGACAAGAAAAGGGUUUGUUCUGAAACCCCAGAGGAUUCAAUUUCAAGUGAAACUUUUGUUGGUUCAUGUAAAGGUAACCGUAGUGGUAAGUUGAAAUCAAAGGUGAAGAAACUUUUGAGUAAAAAGUUGGGAAGCUUUAGGAAAGAGGGAAAGGAAAAGAAAAGUACUAAAGGGAGUGAAGCUGAAGCAAUCAGAGAAGUUCCAAGUAAAGUUAAAAAUCAUAAGUCAAUGAGUUUUGAGAUGGAAGAGGAUCAAAAAGAUGAGGGUGAUGGAAAUAGAUCACAAUUGUUGGUUAAAAUUGAACUAGAGUGUGUGACAGAAGAUGAGGUUGAUCAUUCUGACACUUCUUGUGAAGAAUGUUCUCUGACAGUGACUGGUGAAGGGAAGAGAAUUGAAGAUGGGGUUGGAAAUUCAGGGUACAUGAUUCUACUUUUAAUUGCACUUUUUGGGCUUAUAGCGGGUCGUUUGGCAGCACUGGUACUUACAAUGACAUGGUGUUUGAUGCUAAAAAUGGUUGCUACAAGAGGAAGAUGGAAGAUGCCUCUGAUCAAAUGUUCUGAUCCAAGAUCUUGAGAGAACAUUGGGUUGUCUUUGGUGAAAGAAGCUUUUCCCUGCCAAAUUUCACUUUGGUUUCUUUGUUUUCUUUGUUUUAUUCCUCACAUUUAAUAACUAUCAUGCUUCACACUCAAACCUCAUCCAUCCUGGGGAUAGGAACUCCAACCAUCUGUUGGAAAUGCAUAGUACUUAGAACUGUAAAUUGAUAAAUACAAAUCAUAGAGAAUUCAUUAUUUGACA